AUGGCUCUAAUUCCGCCGGUAACACGUCUAUCCUCUUCCAUUAUAAGAAUUUUGGGAUGCAAUCCCGGUCAUAUGACAUUACAGGGUACAAACACCUAUCUCAUAGGAACGGGUAAAAAGCGCAUUUUAAUUGAUACUGGCGACCCAGAUGUACCGGAAUAUAUCAAACACCUAAAUACCGUAUUGAAAGAAGAAAAGGCGUCCAUUGGUACCAUUUUAUUGACACAUUGGCAUCAUGAUCAUGUGGGCGGUGUUAAGGAUGUUUUGAAAAUAUGUGGUGAUAAAGUUAAUCUUCAUAAAGAUUGCCAGGUAUUCAAAUUUCCACGUACCGAUGCCGAAGAUAUCUGCCCCGAAAUGCCUAAAGAUAUUAAA